AUGGCGGACAGGCGACGUCGUGGAGUUAGAAUUGGAACUGAAUCUCCAGCAUCACAUUCGUAUAUUGCUUCCAACAUUACAACAGAAAAUUCCACAACGAAUCCUCCAGUUCAACGUCCACGACAACCUGUUAAUGCCGGGCGUAUGCCUCGUCCUGUUAAUAAUCAGUACAUUCUUACUACUUUUGCUGAUGGUCGCCUUGGCUACGCAUUACCCUUCAAUAACGGAUGCGUACGCGCACCUCAAGGACGUGUAUUGCCAGCAUGGGCAAACCCAGGUAGGACAGAACAAUAUCCUGUCAAUUUGGUUUCUGCUGAAACAACAACUGAACAGUCUACCAGUUCUGUCGUUAUUAUUGAAGAACCACGCACUUAUCAAGCACAAAUUCAUCCUAGAGGUUAUAAUUAUGUUUCUCGUCCGCUUCAUACCGCAGAAUUCAGUGACUUCACAGCGUGGCAACACAAAGGUUAUGAGACAUUACCAGUAAAGAUGAACAAAGAAUGGGUGCAUCUGAAUAGGACGACCAAUGAAUACUUGAUUGGCAGGCGUGCAUUCAUCAGUAAUGCUUUAGAUGUUGCUGCCUUUCAAGGAAAAAUUAAGUGCCCCUGUCGGCGCUGUUGCAAUAUGUUUUAUCAUGAUCCAUUUGAAGUCGAUCAACACCUCUACGUCGAGGGUAUGGAUCCCCAUUACAUAGAUAUACCUUGGGUUGAACAUGGCGAACAGGUGUAUACGUCUGAUAAUAUAUCAAGUCCAACUACUGAAGCUCAUAAUGAAAGAAGCCCUGAAAAUUUCAUGGCAGCGAUGCUUCACGAUGUUUUCGGUAACCACGUGCAUAUGGAUGAGUCAGAUCAUGUUGGUGAAUCUUCUUUUGCUUGUGACGAAACAAUUGAUGUGCACCAAUUUGACAACAUUCUACGAGAAGCAGACGGAGAAUUAUAUCCAGGUAGUAGGAAGAAAAAGUUGGAUUUUGUGGUCAAAUUAUAUCAGUCAAAAUUGUUAUAUGGAAUGAGUGAUGCUGCAUUUGGUUCAGUGCUGGCACUAAUAAGAGAGCAUUUUCCUAUGUGCGAGACUCUUCCUCCAAAUUUGUACUAUACAAAGAAGAUUAUCCGGGCUUUGGGGUUGGAUUACCAGAACAUAGAUGCGUGUCGAAAUAAUUGCAUGCUAUUCUGGAAAGAGCAUGUAAAUGACAUCGUUUGUGCAAAGUGUGGCGCUAGUAGAUAUAAGCAAAGGAAGGCAAAUUCAGGAACGCUCGAAUGUACUAAGGUACCGAAAAAGGUUUUACGCUACUUUCCCAUAGGUCCUAGACUACAAAGGUUGUACAUGUCUCGUUACACAGCUGAGUCAAUGAUAUGGCAUUCAGAGAUUAGAACUGACGAUGGUGUUUUGAGGCACCCUGCCGAUUCUCCGGCUUGGAAGCAUUUGGAUAAUACAUAUCCAGAUUUUGCAAGGGAGUGUCGCAAUGUCCGUCUUGGGCUUGCAAGCGACGGAUUCAAUCCGUUUGGAAUGCAUGGCAAACCUCACAGCACAUGGCCUGUUUUAGUUGUAGUUUAUAAUCUUCCACCUUGGAUGUGCAUGAAACAACCUUAUAUCAUGAUGUCUCUUCUAAUUCCAGGGAAAAAAAGUCCUGGUGAUGCAAUUGAUGUUUUCCUGCAGCCGCUCAUUGAUGACUUGCGGCAUUUGUGGACGACAGGUUUGCAAACAUAUGAUACUCACCGUCAAGAAACUUUCACCAUGCGUGCUGCCUUGUUGUGGACUAUCAAUGACUUUCCUGCUUAUGCCAUGCUCUCAGGGUGGAGCACUAGUGGUGAGAAAGCUUGUCCGACUUGCGGUGAUGACACUAAUUCUUUAUGGCUUAAGCAUGGGAAAAAGUUUGCAUUCAUGGGACAUAGGCGAUGGCUCCCGAUGUCACACAGGUACCGAAGACAUAAAAAAACUUUUAAUGGAUCUCAAGAAUUUCGAAACCCCCCUAAACCAAGAACUGCCAUGGAUUGUUUAUUGGAAGUGACGGGAUUGACCUUCAGAUUUGGCAAGGGUGCAAAGGCAAGUGGUCGUAAGCGGGGGUGGAAUGAUGAUGGACACGUUGUCGGUCAGUGGACAAAAAAGACUAUAUUCUUUGAUUUGCCUUACUGGAAGGAUCUUCUACUGCGGCAUAACUUGGAUGUCAUGCAUAUAGAGAGAAAUGUAGCUGAAAAUGUUAUUGGCACUCUUUUGGAAAUUGAAGGGAAGAAUAAAGAUGGUAUUAGGGCAAGGGCUGAUCUCGUAGAGUUGGGCAUUAGGCAUGAUCUCCAUCCACGGGCAGAUGGUGCCCGUACAAAGCUGCCAGCGGCAGAAUACAAUAUGAAACCUGAGGAGAAAAGAAUGUUGUGCCAGGUUUUGGAAUCAAUUCGGGUGCCAGACAACUACUCUUCUAAUAUUAGCAACUAUGUUAAUAUUCAAGAAAAGAAGUUAAUUGGCUUGAAAAGCCACGAUUAUCAUAUGCUCCUACAGAAUUAUUCAAUGGCUUGUCAAAAAGCAUUGCCUUAA